AUGAUCACUAGGUCUAAACUCUCCUCUCAAUGUUUACUUCACACCAAGCCUUCUUCUGUUUUGUACUCAGAUUCUGAACCUCCAUUCCAUAAGGAAGCUCUUCUUUCUCCUAUUUGGCAUAAGGCUAUGCAAGAAGAAUUUGAUGCUUUGCAAAAGCAACACACUUGGUCUCUAGUUUGUCUUCCCCCAGGAAAAAAUGCUAUAGGUUGUAAGUGGGUUUUCAAGGUUAAACGGAAUUCUGAUGGUACCAUAGCUAGACACAAAGCUAGACUAGUGGCCAAAUGGUAUCUUCAGCAAGAAGGUGUGGACUUUCAAGAGACUUUUAGUCUUGUAGCCAAGCUUCCAACAAUCAGAAUUUUACUUUGUCUAGCUCUCCAUCAUCAGUGGCACUUGAAAGCAAUUGGGUAUAUCCAAUGCCUUCCUUCAUGGAGUUCUUGA